CAACAACCAAUCCCGGAUUUUGCACUAAAACAUUACGAAGGGGAACCUACCAAACGCGUUCUUUUGUAACUACGCAGCCCGACACGCGUUUUACCAGCCAAUUCAUGAAACUCUCCUACGUCUAGGCAAUUUCGUGCAAAAAGAGAGCGAGAAAAGGCCACGAUGAUCAGCUGGGCGCUGAAGCGCAACACGGAGAGUGCGCGAGAUGCUCCCGGAGCCGAUGAUACCCAGAUCGAGCAGCCAGACACACCAGGGCCUGUUUUUGCUGUGCGCGCACUGAAGACGGCCUUGUUCGGCACUCCCGCGCCACGGCACAGCAAGCCGGCCAAGCCUCGCGUCACAGUAACCGACCAAGACGCGCAGCCAAACCUCAAUCAAAAUUCCGUCGGAGACAAGUCGCCAGUGAAGCCUGCCGGGAUUCUCCUCACGCCUGGCACCGCCACGGCGCGUCGAAAACGCGUCUCUUUCGGCCAUGACGUCAAAGCGGGUGCUGCCGCACAAGGCUUGACGAGCGCCACUGGCCUGCCAGACGACUGCCCAGGAAAGUUCCCAAGUCCGUGGAUUGGCGACAAGUCCGACAGACCAAAGACGCGAUUGACGCAAGCCAUGGAAAGGUCAAGGAACAGCAAGCCCAAGGAGGCGGCGACUGAUGCUCGUGACACAGCAGCCGCGACAGUGAAGGAAACCGACGACGGGUGGGAAGAGGUCGACGACGAGUCUGACUACGAACUAGAUGUCACCGUUGACUUGAACGAACCCCACUCGCGCUCAGGCAAAUAUUGGAAGUCGUAUUUCGAAAGCUACCAUGCCGACGCAAAGGCUGAGAUGGAGAAACUUGUCAAGUACAAGGAGCUCGCAAAGUCUUACGCGAAGAAGAAGGACGCCGAAGCUAUUGACCUGAACGAGAAGCUCAAGGAGGAGCAGGAGAAGCUGAGGCUGCUGGAGAAAGAGGUUGCGGAAAUGGGCCGUCAAGUCCGAUUGAGGGCCAAGAAAGACGGAGCUAGUUACGACCCGAGUCUAGCGAGCGAGCUAGAAAAACAAACGGCACUCGCUCUAGAGUACAAACACCAAGUUGAAGAGCUCGAGUUUCUGCUGCAGGAUGAGGACGAUGAGGUCGACGACAAGGGCCCCCGCCAACGGCGAAUCGCAUCGCCAAGGACACAAAAGACACUUCUCGAGACGCAGCGGGAGCUAAGACGGGCAAGGGCACAGGCAAAGGAGCUAGAGAAGACUAAGGAAGAGCGAGACCGGCUGAGGUCGGAGCUCAGGUUCGCUGAGCAGCACGCCUCAAAACUUGCCGACGAAAACAAGAGGCUUUCCGGAGACCUAGAAAAGAGUGCCUCAAGGAUCCAGGAUCUAGAAAAAAAGGUAGAAGAGUCCAAAGCCCUCUACGAAAAGAUAAAGGACGACGCCAAAGCCCGCUACGUCGAAGCCCAACGGGUUUUACAGAGAAAGAACGAAAAGAUAUCCGAACUCCAGGCCGAGACUGGGUCUCUAAGAAGGGAGCGGGCAGAAUCGAGGUGGACAACUAGGGCAAAGAACCUGGAAGCAAAGCUCAAAGCGGGCAGCGAAGACGUCCUGGCUCCGGACCCGGAGACGGCACUCAAAUUCCUGGAGACGGCAGAAGAAGAGAGCACCCAACUCCUGAAGGAGCUCCACGACCUUCGGCAAGUGAGCAUCCAGAGAGGCCUACUCGUUCCCGCAAAAUCGGCUGCUGCCGGGAAUUACCAAACGAAGGCAAGAAAGAGGAUAGAAACCCGGGGGCGCUCGACUCACGAAGACGAGGCGCUUAUCUCGUCCCGCGCAUUCCGGGAGAAGAUUGAGGCAGAGAUGUCCAAGAACCCGUCAAGCGUCCUCACCGACCGCGGAAAUCUCCAAGACAGCCGUAGCUCGGCCUCGAGCGGACAGGGGGUGCAGCAGAGUGCGGCCGCUACCAAGUCUCGAGAGGAAAAAGAGAAAUCGUUGCGCCCCAGCCGGACAGAGCGGUCGUCGCGGGUGUCAUCCUCGUCGGCAACGAAUCUACGAGCAAAGGGAGCAGCGGCAGGCAGCGACAGCGUUCCCGGCGCUGGGGAAAGACGCACUAGACCAACCCAGCCGGCGGUGGCACCAGCCGCAGCUCCGGUUGAAUCGCUCAGGAAGAAGCUGCCGCCGCCGUCGGAGCUGCUCGACAGCGAGCAGCCCCACAUCGACCUUGUCCAGGACAACUUUGCUCGCCUCGGCGGACCCGACAUGCACAGCAGUGCUGUGUGGAGCAUGAACGCGUCGAGGGCCACGCUCCCCGCCGACCGCCGGGCAGCCGCCAUCGCCCGCCUCCAGCGCAAGAAGGCGGAGCGCUCGAACCUGCCCGACCGCAACAAGGAGAAUAUGAACCCCUAUUGAGCGAGAUCAGGCAGAUGCAGGUCGAGAGGGACUGGGAGGGGGGGACUCAUCUUUGAGCACGGGGUUUUUAGUUUUUUCUCUACCUGGAGUUUCGUUGUCGCAUAAUGCCAGUGCCCCUUUGAGGGUAUGCGUUUAUUUUUGUUUUUGCAUGCAUGGUCGUGGGGAGUUAUACGGGUACCAGGAAUUGAUACGGAAUAGUCUAGGGUUAUAUGGUUUAUUGGGCUAGGUAUUGUACAUGCC